AUUGUCUUUUCUUUCCAGAUCACUGAGAGAAUAAUUGUUUUAUUUGUCGUGAUCAACAGUCAGGAAGAAGUUCAAGGGAAAUAUGUCGUGUGUGUUUUAUUUUUCCUCUGGAAUGUAUUAGAUGUGGUCAGGUACACUUACAGUAUGUUGGCAAGGAUGGGGAUAUACUACCUACCACUGACAUGGCUCAACUUCUCACUGUGCAUCCUGCUGUAUCCCGUUUCAGUUCUGGCUAAAGCAUUUGCAAUUUGUGUAUCACUGCCUUAUUUUGAGUCCUUUGGUACAUACUCCAUCAAGCUACUAUUUCCAUUCGCCUUCUCAAUCUAUUUCCCCUGUGUUCUGAAAAUGUACCUGCCCGUGCUCUUCAUUGGUAUGUGCUUUAUCAUCCAGAACCUCUUCUCUGAAAGAAAGGCACACCUAGGGACAGGCAACAUCAAAAAUAAAAGUAGCUAA